UUUCUCCUGCCAGCCGCCCUCUGCUUGCUGACCCUGCUGCUGUCACCCCUCAGUCUGGGAGCCCCCAUCUCCCCAGCUGAGCCCAUCAGUCAAGCCUACAGCCUGGCACUCUACAUGCAGAAGAAUACUUCAACACUGCUGCAGACUUAUCUCCAGUGCCAAGGCAGCCCCUUUAGUGAUCCUGGCUUCUCAGCGCCAGAGCUCCAGCUCAGCAGCCUGCCUCCUGCCGCCGUUUCCUUCAAGACCUGGCAUGCACUGAAUGACAGGGAGCGUCUGAGCUGUGCCCAGGGGGCCUUCCUGGCCUUGACCCAGCACCUCCAGCUUGUGGGGGAUGACCAGAGUGACCUGAACCCUGGCAGUCCCAUCCUUCUGGCUCAGCUCGGGGCUGCAAGACUCAGGGCCCAAGGUCUGCUGGGCAACAUGGCUGCCAUCAUGACUGCCCUGGGCCUGCCUAUCCCCCCAGAAGAGGACACUCUCGGGCUUGUCCCCUUCGGGGCCUCGGCCUUUGAGAGGAAAUGUCGAGGUUAUGUAGUAACCCGGGAAUAUGGCCAUUGGACUGACCGAGCUGUGAGGGACUUGGCUCUGCUCAAGGCCAAAUACCCUGGGUAG